CUGCCAGAUAUCAUCACUCGAUCACUCAAUAAAGUAUAUAUAGAUCGUACUGGAAUCUAGCCCGCAAUGUCAUUUAAAGCUCCGCUCAAAACCGUACGAAGCGUCGUCGCCGAAGCAGGCCCAUCGACCGCUCGUAGAAUCUCUACAACAGCACCAGCAUGCGUAUCCGCUCAGAGUCGCAAGAUUCCCGCUGCCAGGCGAGAGAACGGAGAGGACAUGAACCCGCGUGAAUGGGCGGAACAGUUGAGGAACGUUAGAGAGUGGAAGAGCAGGCAAGAGUCGAUACGUGAACAGACGGCCAGCGUGCGACCACCAUCUUACUCUAGCCUCGCCGAAAAGAUCUCCUCGUCUGGAGACGCAUCAACUUCGUCUCCGCAUGCCCACCUCCUCUCCCAACUCAUGGCCUCCACCGCUCAUCUCGGUCAUAUCCCCUCCUCCCUCUCCCCCGCCUACAUCCCUUACAUUCAUUCGAAACGAGCCAACAUCCACCUGAUCGACCUGGAACAGACCGUGCCCCUCUUACAACGUGCUAGCGAGUUUGUCAAGCGGACCGUGGAACGGGACGGAUCGGUGUUGUUUGUCGGGACGAGGAAGGGACAUCGGGGGAUGGUCAGGAAGGCUGUGGAGAGGCUCGAGGGGAAUGGGUUCGGGGUGGCAGGGGAACGAUGGAUGCCGGGAACGUUGACGAACAGUUUGUCCUACUUCGGACCCAAACCCAUCCGAGCCGGCUCUCAUCUCCCGGACAUUGUCGUCAUCCUCAACCCGUCCGAGAACCUAGCGUUGAUCAAGGAAUGCAAUAUCUCCAACAUCCCUACCGUCGGGAUUGUGGAUACGGAUACUGACCCGAGGAUCGUCACGUACGCGAUCCCGGCCAACAUGGAGUCGAUGAGGACGGCCGAUUUGAUCGUAUCGACCAUCUCGUUGGCCGGGCAAGCCGGAAGGGAGAAGCGGUUGAAAAACAGCGCGCCUAGCAGGGGCGGGCGAUGAGACGAGCGGGACGUUUGUAAUCGAGGGUUAAACUUAUGGGCAGACUACACGACGUAUGGAAUUUUGCCCUUGCUCGGUGGAUUUGGGAGCCGAUGACGGAUUGAAGAGGCAUGGAACCGGUUAGGUCACACGGCGCAUGUGCCGAAAGGAGGCCUUCAAGCCUUGUGAAGGAAGGAAAGACUUGUCCCGGAAGCAUCCACCUUGAAUCAAUCCAGAAGACCAGAUGGCGCUGCCUGGACUGAGGACGAUACCUUUGCGGGAAAAUGAAUUGGUCCGACGACGAUACCGGCAUCCCGCAUGAUGCGCAUGCUUGGCGACCGGACGGCAAUGGCGAUGACUCGUACGUGUAUCAGGAUACGAUUUUCGAGCACAGCCGAAUGCGUGAAACAUCACAUGGACAUUGAAGGUCGAGUUUCAGCUGAACACAUCCCAGAGUCGCCUGAGAAAGCUUUGCGACCAGGUUCU